UCAUCAUCUCCUCUACAGUAACUUUCAAUUGAUCUUCUUCUACUACCUCUCAUACACAUCAUGGCCGCCAACAAAGCCCUUGUCUUCAAGAAAAUCCCCGAUGGGUACCCUGUUCCCGGUGAACAUCUAACCAUCGAACCUGCUGCAUAUGACGCAAGCGCCGCUGCCCCUGCAGAUGGAGUUUUCCUUCAGUCGCUUUACACCAGCUUCGACCCCUACAUGCGCGGACGCAUGCGUAGCGCAGAGAUCAAGUCCUACGCACCUCCCUUCUACCUCGACAAGCCUAUUGAAAGCGCAAGCAUCGCCAAGGUUAUCCGUUCCAACAAUGGUUCCUACAAGGAAGGUGACCUCGUCAUUGGACGCUUGCCAAUCCAGGAGUAUGUUGCGGUCGAAAAGGAUGAACUGUCACGCAUCCGUCACCUCGAGAACCCGCUGGGCAUUGAGGACAUCCGCGUCUUUUUAGGCGCACUAGGCAUGCCUGGCCUGACAGCCUACUCAUCUCUUUAUGAAAUCGGCCAGCCAAAGAAGGGCGAGACUAUCUUUGUCUCCGCCGCCAGUGGUGCCGUUGGUCAGCUGGUCGGUCAGCUCGCCAAGCACGAAGGCCUCAAGGUUAUUGGCAGUGUCGGAUCGGACGAGAAGCUCAACUACAUCAUCAACGACCUUGGCUUUGACGGAGGGUUUAACUACAAGAAAGAGAAGCCUGCAGACGCUUUGGCUCGUCUGGCUCCUAACGGUAUCGAUAUAUACUACGAGAACGUCGGAGGUGAACACUUAGAGGCUGCGCUUGAAGCAAUCAACAAUUUUGGUCGCGUUGUCGUUUGCGGUAUGAUCUCGCAGUACAACAGUGCACCAUAUCCCAUCAAGAACAUUGCCUACGUGCUCACUAAGCGACUGACUAUGCGCGGAUUUAUUGUCGGCGAUGCUGGCAUGGGCGACAAAUACACCAAGGAGCACCAGGAGAAUGUGCAGAAGUGGAUUAAGGAUGGCUCGUUCAAGACUCUCAUUCACGAGACGGAGGGCAUCGAAAAUGCGGCUGAAGGGCUUGUCGGCAUCUUCUAUGGAAAGAACUUGGGCAAAGCUGUUCUGAAGUUUUAACGAGAUAUGGCAGUCAUGACGGCAUAUUUCUUCCUGAGAAAAAGAAAACCUAACCCUUGGCAUUCGAGGAAUGACCGCACCAUAUAUAUUUGAUUGCAAUAAUCGUGCUUAGGAAGCCCGUCUUUAGCAUGUAAUCUCAAUGAAACGAAUAUAGCAUGAAGUGCU